AUGGCCGAAGAUGAUGACGAUAGUGUUUUGGAAGAAAAUGAUGAACCGACAUCAGAGAAAUUCAAAACAUCAACACCCAAACCAAAAAAACGUGACCGUUAUAAAGAGGAGAAAUCUAAAGAUGAUGAUAAUAUUGGAAAGUCUAAUAAAUCAAAAAAUCGAAAUCGUUCCAUAGUCAUCACGGAUAAUAGUGGCACUAGUGAUAAAAGACAAUCUGAGAUAUCAUCACCAAAUAGUCAACAUUCAUCAUUUUUAGAUGGUCAUAAGAAAAAUUAUCGUGCAUUAUCACCUCCACUACCUUUGGAUGCAACAAUGGAAAUAACUGGAGAUGAUGAACAAUUGUUUAAAAAAGUACAAAAUGUUGCCGAAAAUGGUCUUUCAUCGAUCAUAUUAACACCGUUGAAAACACAAAGUCCAGGAUCAAAAAAUGAUGGUGAACAUACACAGCUACGUUGUCCGGCUGCAAUUGAAUUCGGUAACUAUGAAAUCGAAACCUGGUAUUCAUCAUUAUAUCCACAUGAAUAUGCAAGACUACAAAAAUUGUUUAUCUGUGAAUUUUGUUUGAAAUAUAUGAAAAGUUCGGAUAUGAUGGAAAGACACAUGAAAAAAUGUUUACUGAAAAGACCACCGGGUGAUGAAAUUUAUCGUUCACGGCAGAUAAUACCAAAUUUUCAUAUAAAAACACCAAUUUAUUUAUCAGUAUAUGAAGUGGAUGGUGCUAAUACAAAAUGGUAUUGCCAGAAUUUAUGUCUUUUAGGUAAAUUGUUUAUCGAUCAUAAAACGUUAUUAUUCGACGUGGAACAUUUCCUUUUUUACAUUCUUACUAUCGAUGAUAUUUAUGGUAUGUAUGAAUUGGAUCUCAUGUUGUUGGAUAUUUUUCAAAAGAAAAAUUUUCUACUAAAGCAUUUUAAUGUAUCAUGUAUUGUAACCUUACCACAAUAUCAACGCAGUGGUUUUGGUCGUUUUUUAAUCGAUUUUUCUUAUCUAUUAUCACGGCGUGAAGCAUUGAUUGGUACACCAGAAAAACCGUUAUCUGAACUAGGAAAAUUAUCAUAUCUAUCUUAUUGGCGUUUUAGAAUCUAUGAAUAUGUUGAUCGAUUAUUUAGACAAAAAAAUGAAUGUACGAAAGAUUCACAAGAUGAUGAUUUGCUGUCCAUAUCGAUCGAGCUUAUAUCUGAAAAAACCGGUCUAAAUGUCAAUGAUAUAUCGUCCACAUUACAAUGGUGUGGUGCAUUCAAAAAAUGA